AUGGGACCCAACAACAUGUUGCCUAGGUUCUGCCCCGUGAAUAUCGUGAUGUUACAGAUACACUACUAUUUUGGUAAAGCUGGAAACUUGAAUGGUUAUCACAUCAAGUCGGUCAUGUGAACGUAGCAAACAGUGGAGAUCCCAGGAGCCAAUUGGAAUCUGCCAAGUCGCUUCGACUUAAAGAUUAGGAAGAACAUAAGCCACAAGUUGAAGCAAAUGGUG